GUCCUACAGCUCCCUGACCCCUUAGAACUAUCCAUCCAGCCAUGUCCAUCAAGCCCGAGCAGCGCAUCAAGGUCGAGAAGCCCGUCGUCGAGAUGGACGGCGACGAGAUGACCCGCAUCAUCUGGGACAAGAUCAAGAAGGACCUCAUCCUCCCCUUCCUCGACGUCGACCUCAAGUACUACGACCUCGGCCUCGAGUACCGCGACCAGACGGACGACCAGGUCACGAUUGAUGCCGCCGAGGCGUGCCUCAAGUACGGCGUCGGCGUCAAGUGCGCGACCAUCACGCCGGACGAGGCGCGCGUCGAGGAGUUUGGCCUCAAGAAGAUGUGGAAGUCGCCCAACGGCACGAUCCGCAACAUCCUCGGCGGCACCGUCUUCCGCGAGCCCAUCAUCGUCGAGAAGGUCCCCAAGGCCGUCCCGGGAUGGACCAAGCCCAUCAUCGUCGGCCGCCACGCGUUCGGUGACCAGUACCGCUCGACCGACAUUGUCGUGCCCGAGGCGGGCAAGCUCGAGCUCGUGUACACGCCCGACGACAAGGCCAAGCAGGCGACCAACCUCGAGGUGUUCCACUUCAAGGGCCCGGGCGUCGGCCUCGCCAUGUACAACACGAAGCAGUCCAUCACCGACUUUGCCCAGUCGUCGUUCAAGCUCGCCAUCGAGAAGAAGCUGCCUCUUUACCUGUCGACCAAGAACACGAUCCUCAAGGGCUACGACGGCCAGUGGAAGGACAUCUUCCAGGCCAUCUACGACGCCGAGUACAAGGCCGAGUUUGAGAAGCUCGGCAUCUGGUACGAGCACCGCCUCAUCGACGACAUGGUCGCCCAGAUGAUCAAGUCGUCGGGCGGGUACAUCAUGGCGCUCAAGAACUACGACGGCGACGUGCAGAGCGACAUUGUCGCGCAGGGCUUUGGCUCGCUCGGCCUCAUGUCGUCCGAGCUCCUGACGCCCGACGGCUCGGUCAUCGAGUCCGAGGCGGCGCACGGCACCGUGACGCGCCACUACCGCGAGCACCAGAAGGGGCGCGAGACGAGCACCAACUCGAUCGCGAGCAUCUUUGCGUGGACGCGCGGCCUCAUCUUUAUGGGCAAGCGCGACAACAACCCGCGCCUGACCCAGUUUGCGCGCGACCUCGAGCAGGCGUGCGUCGACGCUGUCGACAAGGAGGGCAUCAUGACCAAGGACCUCGCCCUCUCGAUCCACGGCAAGAACAUGACGCGGGAGCACUACGUCAACACGUUCGAGUUCCUCGACCACAUCGCCAGCAAGGUCACCGAGUCGUUCCUCGCCAAGGCGCCCAAGCUCUGAGCGCAGAUGGACACGAUGAGUAGUCGCGGCAGAGGGAGUUAGCGAGGGAGGGCGGCGGGCCUGGCUUUUUGUAGAUUGUUUCUCUCUCUCUCGGCGUCCUUAUCUGCUCGCAAAUACACCGCAGUUUCAGUACUU